GUAACAGCAACAGCAACUGUAACAGCAACAGCAACUGUAACAGCAACAGCAACAGUAGCUGUAACAGCAACUGCAAUCAGCCAGAGCAACAAUGGUGAAAACAUUUCAGGCCUAUUUACCGUCCACAAAUCGGACCUACUCAUGUGUUCAUUGCCGUGCACAUCUGGCAUCGCACGACGAGCUCAUCUCAAAGUCGUUUCAGGGUAGCCAGGGACCGGCAUACCUAUUCAAUUCGGUGGUAAAUGUGGCCUGCGGCCAGACGGAGGAGCGUGUCCUGCUCACCGGACUGCAUGCGGUCGCUGAUAUUUACUGUGAGUGCUGCAAGACGCCGCUUGGCUGGAAAUAUGAGCAUGCGUACGAGUCCAGCCAGAAGUACAAGGAGGGAAAAUUCAUUAUCGAAUUGGCCCACAUGAUCAAGGAGAAUGGCUGGGAUUGAAGGGAGCGAAGCGGACGUUGUGCGUUAAGCAUUUUUUGGUGGGCUGGUAGUCCGGGCGGCUUUGGGUAACGUUUUAAAUCCGGCAAUAGCAACGACAGCAACGAUACGUUGUUGGCAGAUGGCAGAAAAUGGCUUGGAGCCAAAGUUGGAGCAAGCGAGUGCAACGGCGAGAGCAAGCGAAAGGUAGUGUGGGGGGGGGGAGGGGGAGGGGAGGGGUUAGCGUGAGAGAGAUGGAUAGAUAGCGCCGACGAUCAGUCGAGCUAGCGAGCUGAUGAGUGUUAGGGUACCAUAAUAUAUAUAUACUAUUAUAUAGUACAUAACUCGUCGUAUCUUAUAGAACAAAACCAACAGAAAUGCAUACUCUCACACAUACACAGCCACACACACCCAUCCACAGACACCCACACACACAGACAGACACACACACACACACAGACACAUUGACACUAUGAAAGUUCCAGUUUUGGAGCUUCGCGAAGAGAUCUCUGCGCUGGACGCAACAGUAGCAGCAAAUUCAAUUGGCGCCAUCUGUCGGCGAGCGCGUCCAACUAUUAUUCGUAUUUCGUAUUCGGUUUUGUUGCCAGUUAUUUGUUGCUUCUCGAUUUGUUUAUCAAUAUUCAAUAAGUGAAAAAAAUUUAUGAAAACAAUUUUGUUUUUAUUGUCUUUUGUUUUACGGGUUUUCCUUGUUGUGUAUUUGUUUUUCUUCAUUCGUUCUACUGUUUGAGUUUUGUGCACAAAAAUGGAACACAAAAAACUUGCACUGCCAAUAAACGGGAAUAUAUGAGGAAAAAUGCUUUAGCAACAAAUGCAACAAAAACAAUUUCAUUCAAUAGGAAAGAGCAACAAAUUUGAUGCAUUCGAAUCCACCCACCCAGACACACACACAUUCACAAAGACACACACACACGCACAUUUAUGAUUACACCUUUUCAAUGUAGUAGUUAUUUAAAAGAAAUAUUUAAAGAAAA